UUGAUCAAUUAAUGUUUGAGGGAUGGAAUCAAAUCUGCAAACAGUUAGAGAGAAGCAGCAAAAAUAUUGGUAUGACCAGGAUACGCCUCAGGAUAGACGAACUGAAAUGGAUAAGAAAUAUAUACAUGGAGAUGGUUACGUAGAAAAUCAGGAUGAUUUUAGUACCAGACGUUCCGAAGGGUAUAACUUUAGAACACCCGUUGAUAACACACUGAAAGAUACAUAUGUAUAUGAAUAUGCCAAUAAGUUGCCCUCCGUUGGUCUUCUAUAUUCAAGUGUUUGCAGUGGUACGGCAUUUCGUGUUGGAACCAGAUUUGCAAUGACAGCUUGGCACAUUGUUGAAAAGAUUAUUG